AUGCCAUCCAUGUCGCCCCGAAAGAUGGCGCCGGCAAGUAUAGUCAUCCCGCCGAGGUUAUCAUUCUGUCUAUCCGAAUCCUCGAUAUCUGAUUCGGAGGGACCAUGCACACCUUCACCCCAUACACCCGCUCCGUUCCUAGAUUUCCCUUCAUCCAUCAACAAAGGCGUUGGAGGAAUGCGCGUCGAUGAGGAUGAUCACCCGCCCGCUAUCGGCUCAAAGCGAAGUAGGGAGGACGACGAUGCGGUCGACGAACCCGUAUGGACUAGCGAGGAACUGGACACGGUUCAAUCAACACUGGUUCAUCCAUUUCGACCUCUGUCUCAAUCGUUUCCACCUGGAGAUCUCCCACCGCCUCAUGUCAUUGACGAACUGACGAACCAAAUCUUGGCCUAUGCAUUCAGGACGUCGCCGACGAAGCGAGCAUCUGGGGAAUCGGAGAACACAACCGACUUUAGGACAGAGGGAUGGACACAUUCUUGGGAAGCGACUAGGAAGAAGAUGUUUGACAUUGCGUUGUCGGAAAGUAAAGGGGAGAUCAUCCCGAGGAGGACAGCAAAGGAGACGAGGACACUCACUGGAUUGGUUGCACGGCCCGGAUUGAAGCGAAUGGACAGUAUGGAUUUCCUGGACGAAGGGGAGGAGAAGGCUCCAGACUCGCUAGGGAGAGCGUUGAGACUCUCCACAUCCCUGCAGAAUAGCGCGAAACAUGAGGUCUUGUCCGCAGGUAUGAGCAGGUCGUCGUCUGAUAAUACGAUCAGCUCUGAGACGUCACGCGACCGACCAUCUCUCCACACUGUCUCUGUCACUACCACUAUCACCCUCACCCCCUCUUCUCCUAACCCUGCUGAAUCCCCGGCACCAACAGCUCAUGCCCCGAUGCUUAAGCGUCGUGGCUCGUCUCGAGCGGCAUCACUUCGCAGACCUACGAGCUUGCUUCAGAGAGGCAAAAGCUUCACGGCAAGCGAUCUCGCUGCAGAGGCAAACAGUCAGGCGAAGACCACGCUCAGUGUUUCCGAAGCAUUGAAAUCUUCGCCUAAUGGAGCUCUAUCCGCUCAAAUAUACGAUUCGCCCUUAAAUCUAUCACCUGUCGUCCCUCAGGAAUCGAGCCUGGGUCUCUUGGCAUCUGGUAUGAUGGACAAUGUCAACGAAUCUCUCGCAUCAUCUCUUCAUCCUCCCAUCGCUUCCGUCUCUGUGGCUUAUAAUAAACCUAAACUCUCUCGAUCCGUCUCCUCGUCGGAAAUUAUCAAGGCGCACUCUGCGAGAGAUCAGUUCCUCGCUAUCAAGCCCAUGACCUCGGAUCGAUCGGCCCUAGCUCGUCCGUUGAACCUCGACACCAAGCCUGUACCUGUCGAGGCACAGCAUCAUUCCGGCUGGAGCGACAGUGACGACGAUCUGAUGCCUCGGAAACCUCGAGUCGUCAAGAAGAUCAAAGGUGGUAAAGUCAAGGCUCUCAAGGUGCAAGCGGUAGGCUUACAAGCUGGGGAUCGAGGUGGACUAAGAAGCCCUUUUGAGGAAAAGGCUCACUUGGAACUUGAUCUGUGA